AUGGACAGGAACAGUAGCCAGAGCAGAGCAGAGAGAGUAGUUAGGGACACCAGCCUGGAAGGCCGUGAGGACCUGCAUGUGGACACCAGCCGUCAGCUUGAUCUCCAGUUUCUGGCAGUCCUGGGCAGGGGCAGCUUUGCCAGGGUGCUGCUGGCCUGCCAGCUGUCCAGCCAGCGGCUGGUGGCCGUGAAGCUGUUCAAGGAAGACGAGAGGGACCCUUUCGGCACCAGGCGAGCGAUGCGAGAGGCCAGCAUCAUGCAGCUCCUGAGCCACGAGAACAUCAUCGAGCUGCUGGAGGUGGGUUGCGUUGGCCAACACCACUGCCUGGUGAUGGAGCUGGCGGACAGGGGUGACCUCCACCAGUACGUGAUGAGCCGGGGCGGCCUGCCAGAGCCUGAGGCCAUGGUUAUAUUUGAUCAGAUCCUGGCGGCCGUGGGCCACUGCCAUGAGCAGGGCGUGGCCCACAGGGACCUCAAGCUGAAAAACCUACUGCUGGACUCAGACAUGAAUGUCAGGCUGGUGGACUUUGGGCUGAGCUGCCAGCUGCCCGAGGGCGAGCUGGUGUCCGGCUUCUGCGGGACACCAAAGUACAGCGCCCCCGAGGUGUUCCAGCAGGAGCCGUACGAUCCAUUCGCAGCAGACAUGUGGAGCCUGGGGGUCAUCCUCUUUGCCAUGCUGGCGGGGGCCAUGCCCUUCACAGGGAAGGACCAGGAGGAGCUGCGGGACUGCAUCCAGAGGGGGAGCUACGAGCUCCCGUGUGCGGCCAGCCCAGCCCUGAAGGAGCUCCUGAGCUCAUUGCUCAACCUGGACCCAAGCGACAGGCCCACGGUGGAAGUUGCUCAGGAACAUUGGUGGUUCGAUCCCAUACGAGAAGGAGCCGAGGGCGAGGAGGUGACCGUGGUGCAGCCCCUGGGGGUUCCUGAGGACCCAGAGGCCCAGGAUUACCUGGCGGGCCUGGGUCUGCUUCCGGACGCUGGAGCCUCGGUGCCAUCUGGUCCUGGAGGAUCCAGCCGGAGGUCCCUGCAGCCGGACUCCCGGAGCCUGGAGCAGGUACAACCCUUUUGGCAGAGCGUGGGUCUGGCCGUGGUCUCCCCACGCAGCUUGACGGUUUUGUGGGCAUGA